AUGGCAGGGGCAGUGAGAGCACCGGUUAUGCUUCUCCUUUUCAAAUCUCCGUCUCUUUCCCUUUCUCCUCCAUUUCUCAGCACAGCUUGGGGUGCUAUCAUGAUUUCAGUGACCUUGAUUCUUUUGUUCGGUGAGAUAAUACCACAAUCUGUUUAUUCUCGAUAUGGUUUGGCAAUUGGUGUAAAGGUUGCUCCAUUCGUUCGAGUUCUUGUUUGGAUAUGUUUUCCUGUUGCCUACCCAAUAAGCAAGCUGUUAGACUUUCUGUUGGGUCAUGGACAUAUAGCACUUUUUCGAAGAGCCGAGUUGAAAACCCUAGUAGAUUUGCAUGGAAACGAGGCUGGAAAAGGUGGAGAGCUGACCCAUGAUGAGACAACAAUUAUAGCUGGAGCACUUGAGCUCACUGAGAAAAAAGCUAAAGAUGCCAUGACUCCCAUAUCUGAAACAUUUGCAAUUGAUAUUAAUGCCAAGCUUGACAGGGAAUUGAUGAGUUUAAUUUUGGAGAAAGGGCAUAGCAGAGUUCCAGUUUAUUAUGAGCACCCUAAAAACAUUAUUGGACUUAUUCUGGUAAUCAUUUUUCUAUGA